ACCUUUAACCAAUAAGCUACCCGGACCUUAACUACUCGAGGUAAAUGCCUCACUUUAACCAAUAAGGCUUCUACACAGGGCGGGGUUUGCCUUUGCCAAGCGGUUUUCAUAAUACCGCAUCAGUAGUGUCAUGUAAUCACAACAUGACCAAGGUUACUCCGAAGAUACAGGAGACAAAUAUGAACCUCAUUUGACAUCGUCUUAUCUCGGUCGCGAUGAGCACCCCGUGUUUCUUGUCCUCCGCUGCCCGAAGUUUCAGCCUACCGUGUUCCGCCGCCGGUCUGCUCCGCUGCCGGCUGUGGGGCCCCUGCUCCGUUACAAGAAGAAAGAUGUCCUCCAAAAGCCAAAUGGACCAUCUAGAGAGAACAGCGAGCAACUACAGACAAAAUGCUCUGUAUCCAGCUCAAGUAUGUGGCAUCAUAAACGAGUCAGAGACUGUAAAACGUUUGAGAUUAGCUGUCCAUCCAGACUUCAGCUUCAAAGCAGGACAGUGGGUGGAUUUCUUCAUCCCCGGUGUGGAGAAGGUGGGAGGUUUCUCCAUGUGCUCCAGCCCGGGUUUGCUGCAGAGGGAGGGCGUCGUUGAACUGGCCGUCAAAUACACCAAACACCCCCCAGCACACUGGAUCCACAGCGAAUGCACAGUGGGCUCCCGGGUGGCCAUGCGCGUCGGCGGGGACUUCUUCUUUAACCCGACGCCCUCCGACCCCACUGUGCAUUUGCUGCUGGUGGCCGGCGGCGUAGGGAUCAACCCCUUGUACUCUAUUCUGUUGCACGGCACCGAUCUGCUGCGUCUCAACCGCGCCUCUGGUGGGCGGGACUACAACAUCUCUGCCCACCUCUGCUACAGCGCCAAGAACACCCAGGAACUGCUCUUUAAGAGCUCCAUCAUCGAGGCGUGUCGGGAGUUCCCUGACAAGCUCUCCUGUGACCUCUACGUCACGCAACAGAGCAUAGAUGUUGACUCGCACCCCCAGCCAUUUAUCAACCACGGGAGAAUUGCAGACGAGGAUUUGCGGGCUCACGUGGACCCGCAGAGGACUUUGUGUUUCCUGUGUGGGCCCCCGCCCAUGAUCGAAGCACUUUCAAAAACCCUCAUGGACUUCGGCCUCCCGAAAGACAGAAUCCUCUUCGAGAAGUGGUGGUAGAACCUCCUACGAUUCCCAGAAUCCUACAGGGUUGUGCUCGCGGAUUGUGCUCCUUUUUUUGCAUUCACUGGGGGGGGAGGAGGGGGAGGAUGUAUGGGGUGUGGUGAUAAUGGAAUGCAGCUGAAAUAUUCCAGUGAUGCGGACAAUAAUAUGAGGACAUUCACCCUCGAUCACUGCUACUACAACCUGUGCCUGACCUGCGAUAGACCGCUGGGACCACCCACUGAGAUGAGUUUUAUUUCUGAGGACUGAGCAGACUCAAGCUCAACUUUGCAAGACAUUUUUCAGCUCGUUUUGCUGAAUAUUGCAACAAAUCUGCAACUGUGUAUGACAGACACAGCUGGUACACAUCUUUAUAUCUCAACUCAUUUCCAGCCUACAUUUGCCUGACUGAGGCUCUGCUUGAACAAAUUAAUAGAUGAUGUUAAAUGUUCACCUGAAAAGGCCAAACUUGACCUAUGCAAGUAUGUCUUGGAAGCAAUAAUUUGACAUUUUCUGAAAUACAUUCUUGCCAAGAGUUAGAUAAGUAGAUCAAUACCUGUCCACUAAAUAUGAAGCUACAGUCAGCAGCUAAUUAGCUUAGCAUGAAGACUGGAAAAGGCAAAAGAGCUAGCCUGGCUUUUUCCAAAGACAACAAAAUCCACCUCUUAAGCUCAGAGUCUCAUCUCUUUUCUCCAUACAAAAACUGAAAGUGUCACAUUGUGGUUCUAUGGAAACUUCCAACAGAGCCAGCUGGCUGUUUUUUCCACCCCUUAUGCUAAGCUAAGCUAACCAGCUGUUGUCUUAGCUUCAUAUUUAGCAGACAGAUGUGACUCAAGAAAGUGAACAAGCACAAUUCCCAAAAUUUCAAACUAUUGCUUUGAAGUCCCUAGGAUAUAAAGGAUCAGUGCUUACAAUAGCAAUCUGUACUAUUUUUUUACACUGUACAUAAGUGUUUAAUGUAACUAAUUUAUUUCUAUCAAAAUACCUCCGCUAAUUCCAUCAUAUGUUCUUAGAAGUGUUAUGUGUGUGUGUGUGUGUGUGUGUGUGUGUGUG